AUGCCACCCCUUGCAGGCUUUUCAGACAACCCUUUCCGGACUCGAACGGAUUUGAUUCGAGCGACUAUUGCUCUUCUCAAACCAUUAACCGGGUACUUUUCUCCAGAGAAAGCCCGUAUCCGAAUCCCGAUUAGCACUGGUACGCAUUUCGAUGAAUCCGCAGCCCAGCUUGAAGGUUUUGCUAGACCGCUAUGGGCAAUUGGUGCCCUGCUCUUUGGGUACGACUCAAUUGCAGAUGAGAAACUGGCAUCUCAAGUCAGCGAACUUGUCCAGCCAUGGGUGAAGGGAUUCAUUUCGGGGACCGACCCUGAGCACCCUGAGUACUGGGGAGCUGUGCAUGACAUGGAUCAGAGAAUGGUUGAGGCAGAGAUUCUCGCUUUUGCGAUUCUUUCUGCUUCAGGAAAGAUUUAUGAGCCAUUGAGCGACAGACAAAAGGAGAAUAUUACGGAAUGGUUCAAGUCAAUGAACGGCAAACAGAUGCCCCCUACUAAUUGGCGAUGGUUUCGCGUCUUUUCCAACCUCGCCUUGACCAAGGUCUGUGGUAUCCCUUACGACCAUGUCAAGGAUGAGAUGAACGCCGACCUUGAGAUUCUGGACACCUUUUACCUACAUGACGGAUGGUCAGCAGACGGCCCAUGGCAGACACCUGAACAAGCAGAACAAGAGCACUUGGAAACCCUCAAAACAGGACGUCGAGAUGCUAUCGGAGUAGGAAGACAGGUUGAUUACUACUCUGGCAGUUUCGCGAUUCAGUUCAGCCAACUGCUAUACUCCAAGUUUGCCAACGACAUUGAUCCAUCAAGGUGCGACAUGUAUCGACAACGUGCGCGUGAAUUUGGUGCAAACAUCUGGAGAUAUUUUGAUGCGCAAGGAUCUGCUAUCCCUUUCGGUCGCUCCUUGACAUACCGCUUUGCCUGCGGAGGCUACUUUGCUGCCUUAGCAUUUGCAAACGUUCCAGACAUGCCCAAGCCACUUGACUCACCCGGAGCCAUCAGAGGUUUCCUCCUUAGACACCUGAGAUGGUGGGCGCAGAACUCCGAGGACAUUUUCAACGCGGAUGGAACCUUGAGUAUUGGAUGGCUGUAUCCGAAUAUGUACAUGGCCGAAGACUACAAUUCUCCUCAGUCGGUCUACUGGGCUCUCAAGACACUCAUAGCGGUGGGCCUACCCGACGAUGACGACUUUUGGGCGUCGGAAGAACUGCCGUACCCUGCUGGGGACCCAGGGGUUGAGAUCGUCUCGGCUCCUCAACAAAUUCUUUGCAAUCACCCAAAGGGUAGCCAUCACUUCAUGCUUACUCCGGGUCAAUUUGUCGCAUGGCCAAUGAAGGCGAACCAAGCCAAGUACUGCAAGUUCGCAUACUCAUCUGCCUUUGGCUUCUCUGUUCCCACAGGACCUCUCAUCCAGCAGAUAGCUCCAGACAACCAAUUGGCUAUCAGUAGAGACGGUGCUGAGUCGUGGACAGUCAAAUGGAAGAGUGAGGGGGUGCAAUUCGACAUGGCUGUGACCAACACAAUGAGUGAUGGAGACCCAGGUGUCCCCAUCGCCAGUGUUGGUUGGUAUCCUUGGGGCGAUCGGUCUGUCCAUGUUGACACAAUCUUGAUUCCGCCGACUGAUCGAUGGCCGGAUUGGCAUGUUCGAAUUCAUCGCAUCCAAGCUUUGAAGGGUACAGCAUCGAUCCACACUGUCGAGGGAGGAUUCGCCAUUUAUGGUAGAAAAACAGCCGACGGAACGAAUCUUUCGGCAGCAGAUCUUGCUGAUGAUGCUGUGCCUGGUCAAUUCGAGGGGGUAGUGUCAACCGAUAACUCUACCCUCAUCGCCUCUCAAGAUGGAGUCAGCGGCAUUGUCGUUGAGACAAUCAUCGGCAAUGAGCAGGCUGUCGUGUCUAGCUCUGCAUUGAAGCCAGAUGCAAACACCAACUUGGUGCGGCAAAGAACUCUCAUCCCAACUGCAUCUGUCAGCGUGCCCCAACGGCUCCUAGAAGGCACAGAGAUUUUUAUCAUCACAUCUGUCUUUGCAAUUUCAACACGCUCGAAUGGAGAGUGGGAGAGUGGUGGGGUCUCUUUGAAGCAGAGGUGGCUUAACCGCCCAACGCUUAACCUCAAGGCGUUGAAGCAGCAUUUCGAUCCAGCCAUGAUCGUCUUGGGCGAGUGA